GUUGGCUUCUCUCAUAUUGUGCAGAUUGAGCUUUGAGAGGGAUGUGCAUCUAAUCUCUCUCUCUCUCUCUCUCUCUCUCUCUCUCUCUCUCUCUCUCUCUCUCUCAUCAUGUCCAAUAAAUUCUCUCUAUGAAGUGCUCUCCCUGUCAGAAUACCUUUUCCAAGUUCAGACAUAGAAGAUAAAUACUAGUAUUUGCUUUUGUGGUACUUCUUACAGAAGCAGACAAUCCUAGCUUGGCAUAUACCUACAAAAACCCGCUUCCCACCACCUAAUCUUCACUUCUCACCCUUCCAUUUUCUUCUCUCUUCUCUUCUCUCUCUCUCUCUCUCUGUGCAUAUCGACGAGGACGUACGGUCACUCUACAGUUUCGCCGCGUUUUUGAUGAUAAAGGCAUAACAUGAAAGUAGCUAUGUCAGCUGUUUGCAAGCAAGUACAGCCAUUGCUAACUUUUCCAGGCCCAAUCGACAUGAAUCCGUUCUAUCGCAGGAAAGAUAAGGUUGUAUUCGUGAUGGGGGCCACUGGCACUGGCAAGUCUCGGCUAGCCAUCGACCUAGCCACCCAUUUUCCAGGUGAGGUCAUAAAUUCCGACAAAAUGCAAGUCUAUAAGGGCCUUAACAUUGUCACCAACAAGGUCACCAAAGAGGAGUGCAGAGAAAUUCCUCACCAUUUAUUAGGAUUUGUGGACCCUGAUUCAGACUUCACGGCCACGGACUUCCGGGACCACACAUCACUAGCCCUGCCAUCCAUCUCUAGGCAAGACAGGGUCCCAAUAAUCGCUGGCGGAUCCAAUUCCUUUAUUGAAGCUCUUGUGGAUGGUGAUCCUGAAUUUAGAUCAAGGCACGACUGUUGCUUCCUCUGGGUCGAUGUUUCUUUGUCUGAGCUAUGCCCCUUCGUGUCAGAGCGGGUGGAUCGAAUGGUAGAAGCAGGAUUGGUGGACGAGGUUAGAAGUAUGUACAACCCCAAAGCAGACAAUACCAAAGGGAUCAGAAGAGCAAUUGGAGUUGGCGAAAUGGAUGAUUACUUUAGAGUCGAGGCAACCGAUGCCGAUGACAAAACCAAGGCGAGGUUUCUUGAGGCAAGCAUUACCAAGAUCAAGGACAACACUCGUUCGUUGGCUCGUGACCAACGAAAGAAGAUUUGCAGGCUCUACAAUAUGUGGAGCUGGAACAUGCAUAGAAUUGAUGCCACAGAGGUUUUUGAGAGACGAGGGUCGAAAGAGGCCGCUGACGAAGCAUGGGAAAGGUUAGUGCUGAGACCCAGUUCCAUGAUCGUGGACAGGUUCCUGGACGAGGCGCCUAGCACCACCAUCAUAUCACCGAAUAUGACAGCCACAACAGCCAUCGCCCCGCCAGUCCCAAUGGCAGCAGUUGCAGCUGCAACCCAUUAGAGGUUCGGCGCACCCCAAAACCAUAUCGACAGAGACACUCGAUUAGAAAGCAUCGAUUUGACGGCGCCACGCGGCAAUGUUCGAGUCAGACAAUUUAUUUACUCUAUAUUUCCAUAACUUACCUUGCUGUGUCGAUUACAGGAGUAAAAAUAAAAAAAAUAAAAAAAAACAGAGAAAGGAGGGAAUAAAUAACGUAACAAGUUGGGAAUGUGAAACGGGCCGUCAAGUACUUUGAUUUGGCGGCCCUACUGAUUGGGGAGCAUUUUUGUAAUCCGUGCUGUAUAUUUUCUUUUCUUUCUUCGGACUUUUUCCAUACUUUCGUGUGCUCGAAGCUGCGUCGAGCCAUGGCGCAGAGGCCUCUCUCUUUGGGGGUCCAUGGAAUACUGGACGGUCUCAAAAUCGCCCUAAAAUUCAUAGAACCCGCUACGAGCUUUUUCCCCCAACUUUUCCUUUCGUUUUGCCCCUUCUUGAUGUGCUUGUGACAUCUCUUUUACAUGAGCUGUAAUAAUUUUUCUGGUUCGCACUAUAGCUACGUGGUAUCCACAUGAUUGGAAUUUGGAAUA